UUCGACCAGAAUGAAUUUUUUCACGUAUGUGAUUACCAUUCAUUUGCCAUUUCUAUCGCGUUGAGUGUCUCGCAAUACUCCUGGAUCUCUACGUAACACGUGAUCGCGUCCUUGUCUUCGAUCUGAUUGCCGGGGGACCAAGCUCAACCACACUGGGCGGACAAGUUUCGACGCGUCUAUCUCGUCACUGCCCACCAUGUCGGAUUACAGCAGCGACGAUGAAGCGGAGGAUGUUCAUCGCGACCCGAUCACGCACCGGCCCUUGAACCCGCGACGGAUACUGUUCGAGCCUGUAAUUGGGCGCGUUGUCGACGCGCUUGGUGGCUACGAAGCGGGAGUGUACCGAAUGGGAGACGAGGUGUCGGGAUGUCUGAAGGAUCUGAAGAAGCUCUGGAGGAAGGAUGACACGGAUGACGAGCGCACGGUCGCGCGCAUCUUCUGGGAAAAACGCGUCUUGAGCAAGGACCUGAUCCCUAUUCUCCUCAUGACGGCUGGUGCGGGACAGGUCGAGGACAAGAGGGCGAUUGCGUGUGCGGAUUUGAUCUCUGCGAUGACAUGGCCCAUCGACAUGAGUGAGGAGCUGGCCGAGCUGGAUUCUGGCGAGCGUGCGGACUUUACACAGCUUCACGCGGCGCAUCGCAGCUACAAAGCCGCUGUUCUGCAGCCAGCGGUCAUUCAGGCGCUGUUUGCUAUCAUACUUCCGCCACUCGCGAAGAUACCGAAGGAGCGCUCGCUGCGGGACAAUCAGGUCGCCGCUCUGGUGCUGUACAUUGUGCGCAACCUCGCAGCCAUCCGAGACCGGGAUGGGCUUCAGUCCCGGCUGCUGACCACUCUCCGCGAUAAUCACCUCUUUGAACUCAUCCUCACCGCCGCUUCCAACUCCGAGAAGGAUCCUCUACUUGGUAGCUGGAACACGCUAAUUCUUGAGAUCUUAUUCCUACUCUUCCGUGGCACACCACCGAUGUCACUCAUAGACCAACCGAAACCGGCGCUGGAACGUCUUCUUGCUGCCGAAGCUCGUGCGGCGCCUGUCCCUACUAGCAGACACUCGCGAUUCGGAACGUCCAUCGUCGUGUCUGCCAACCCAAAAGCCACUACUCAGGCAGUCGUGCAUACGACCGCCCCCGUUCCAUUUCUCCUCGAUGCCAACAAGAAACGGGUCCGUGUCCGUGCUGUCGAAUCUGCGGACGCCAUCUAUGCCGAUGACUUGACGAUAGAGGCGCUAUCCGUCCUGCGUGGCAGUGCACGGGACUUCCUCAGCGAGGGAGUUUUCAAUGCGUUUCUGACGGCGCUUUUGAGAGAUAUCAAGAUGGAGCGGUCAUGGGCAACGGGCGAUCGGAUUGGGAUAUGGACCCUGGCUGUCGUUCGAUGGACGACCUGUUUCUUUUUGCUGGACACCAAAGUCAAGAAGCGAGAUUUCGGGCUCGUUGGCGCCGCUGUCGAAAGUGGAUUUGUAUCUUGGGUACUCAAGAGAAUGCGCGAAGCGUCAGAGGAAAAGCCUGUUGGAUGGCCGGCAAUGUUUGCGGGAAUGGGUUGUUUGACACAAAUUCUCUCGGUUCUUGAUGCAAUCGCUAGUCCGACAUCGGGCGCGACUGAAAGCGAUGCAGAUGCGGCCCAGACUCUCACCAUGCAGCUGAUUUACGCCGGAGCACCGCUCGAUCUAGCGAUGGACUGUUUGCGGGCAUGUACGACUGCGAAAGCAGCGGGUCGGGGACCCGCGUUUCUGGACGCUGCUGUGCAUUUUGCAUAUUCACUUGUGCGAAUGCUUGAACGUCAAGCCAGUACGGGUGACUCAGUCUAUGUUCGCAAAGCAAAAUCGAGUGCCAAAAAGGGAAAUGCGGAGGACGAGACGCAAUACGCGGAAGAAGAAGAGCGGAGGCGCGCUAAGGAAGAACAAGAGCAGACGUUCUCCUUGGAUUCUUUUGAGAUG